AUGGCAACGUCACGACGAUUUUUAGUAAGCAAAACGUAUGGCGAGAGCAGUGAUUGUUCUUCCUCCAAAGCGUUUGAUGAGGCCAUGAAGAUUAAACCCCGAAGCACAUUCAACAAAAUCAACAUUCAGGCAGCUUCCACCGUUUCAAAAUGGGGUAAAAUGACAUUCACGUCGACGAAAAUUUCCAGUGUAGAUCACAAAUUGGAUAGCAGAAAGCGUGAAUUUGCCAAUGAGCCAGAAGAUCCAUUCUCUUUUGAACCUGAAUUUAGUCCUUGUAAAAUUAAACGGACUGAACCAGCAACUCCGCUGCUUGCAAAAUUUUCUUCAUCAGAGAAUACAGUGGUGGAUGUUAGACGAAAAGUGGAAGUAGAUGAAGUUCUGCAUCCUUCAAAUAACAUUAAAAUCACAAACACAGGCAACAUCAGUUUGGAUACAAAACGAAAGUUUUAUAAAAGUAAAAACAGCGCAAACAAUAAUACUGAAAUAAAAUUGAAAAUAAAGUUAAACCAACCACUUGAGUCUCCGAUCAAUGAGUACUCAAUAAACCAUGAGGAUUCUAUUGAGUUAACUUCUGCUUCACAUUAUAACAAAGUUGACCACAAACCAGUAACAAAUAAUAAUGUAUAUAAAUACAAUCCUGAUAGAUUUGUUGAUCAGCCAAAACAAAAAUUCACUCCACCUUCUUUGGAAGACAAAACAGCUAUUAAGAAGAAGUGCAUUGAUAUUUUUCCUGAUGAAAAAAUUUAUGAGACAGAUUGUAACAGCAACAACAAACAUUCAGCUACUGGCAACAAUUAUGCUCAUCAAAAAGUCAUUAAAAAUACAAAUAAAAAUACUGUUACUAAUGAUAAAAGUGCAGAUUUAAACAUAAAAACUGAUUCCACCAAUAAAUUUGCUGAUACUAAAAAUACAAGAAACAAUGCAAAAUUUGAUAAGAAAACAUCUCAGAAGAAAGCCAAAUAUAAAUACAGAAUGUGGCAUGAAGAUGAUAAUGAAAAGGAUGAUGUCAUUGACGAGGAUGUUGAUGAGGAUUUUCCUGUUUUCAAAAAACCGUCAUCUUCAACUUACACUAAGACCAAUUGCCAGGAGGAGGAACCAUGCACUCAGGAGUCAAAUAACCAACAGACUCAGGUAGUUAGGGAUGUGAAACAGGCGCACGAAUGCCAGGAGUCAGGCGAGACCCAGGAGUUUGAAGACGACAUUGAGUUCAUUAUGGAUGGCUUGAAUCCUAAACAGAAGUUGUCCAUCAGUGCAUUAAGUUUGCUAUCGAAAUGUACAUCAUCUGUAUUUCGGAUGCAUCUGAGAGCUCAUGGAACACUAUCCCAAGUCUUCAAAAGUCUUUCAGAUGCUCCUGAUUGCCCAGCCUUAAGUCUCUGCGUUGCCUGUUUGUUCUUCUUGAUGUCUCGUGAUCGAUUGUUUGUUGACAUGGAAAGGUCGAGUUACGAGUUGAUGCUCAAGUUGCUUGAUGUCGAUGAUUCCAUCUCAACAUCUCUUUCAACAUCAAAUAAAUCAUCAUCAACAACAACUCAAAUCUCAAAUACGUCAACAACACAGAGCAACAACAAUGCUCCUGUUAAAAAAGCUUUAUUUUUCAAAAGUAAACAUUCUAAAAAGAGCAAUGCCAACGAAGAUUACGAUGAUGUGCAGAGAAAAGUCUUCAACAUUUGUUGCAGCUCACAACAUCAACAACAACAGCAGCAACAGCAGUCUUCAGAUAAAGCUCUGUUUGAUCUAACUCUUGAACAAACCAUGGUAUGGAUGCACAUUUUCAGUUUAAAACAUUUAAUUGCCUAA